UCAUCAUCUACCGAAGUACUCUUAUCAUACAGUAAAAUUUCUAGGUCUUUUGGACAGAGCUGCCAUUGAAGAACAAGAGGAGAGAGAAAGAGAGAAAUCGAUCGAUCGACAAGAUGAGCAGCAGCGCAGCAGUACCAUUCUGGAGAGCAGCAGGGAUGACAUACAUUAGCUACUCUAACAUCUGCGCAAAUCUCGUCAGAAAUUGUCUUAAAGAACCUUUCAAAUCUGAAGCUCUUGCUAGGGAGAAGGUUCAUUACUCCAUCUCCAAAUUCGAGAAUGGAAAACCUCAGAAACCAACCAUCCGAUCUGAUGAUACUCAGGCAUAGGGAGGUUUACUGUGCAGUCUUUUGAUGAUUCCAACAUUAAUUCUGCUCUUAAAAUGUCAUUCUAUUUUUUGCUAGUGUCUAUGCUGUAAAGCCCAAAGACUCGAGAUAACAGCAUUGUGGGCUUUGGAUGUUGUUAUAAUAAUGCAACUUUGAUCAUCUUACUUGAAAAAUUGACGAGGCAUUUUGCUGGUUUAAGCA